AUGUCACGUGCCCUGGCGACGCCUGCGAGCUGACGUCGCCGCCCAUAGUUACCCGGCGCCGUGAGGAGGAGGAGGAGGAGGAGAAGAUGGGUUUGCUAUCAAUCCUGCGCAAAUUGAAGAGUGCCCCUGAUCAGGAGGUUAGAAUUCUCCUUCUGGGUUUGGACAACGCAGGGAAAACAACAUUAUUGAAACAGCUGGCUUCAGAAGACAUCAGCCACAUCACACCUACACAGGGAUUUAAUAUUAAAAGUGUGCAGUCUCAAGGUUUCAAGUUAAAUGUAUGGGAUAUUGGCGGACAGAGAAAGAUAAGGCCGUACUGGAGAAAUUAUUUUGAAAAUACUGAUGUGCUUAUCUAUGUCAUUGACAGUGCGGACCGAAAAAGGUUCGAAGAAACGGGGCAGGAACUUGCUGAGCUGCUGGAUGAAGAGAAGCUGAGUGGCGUUCCGGUUCUCGUGUUCGCCAACAAGCAGGACUUGCUCACAGCUGCCCCAGCCUCUGAGAUAGCUGAGGGGUUGAAUUUGCACACGAUUCGUGACCGUGUGUGGCAAAUCCAGUCUUGCUCUGCGCUUACAGGAGAGGGUGUACAGGAUGGAAUGAACUGGGUCUGCAAAAAUGUCCAUGCAAAGAAGAAAUGAAAACCACUUCCAAGUGCAAAGAAGGGAACCAGAAGAGACCAUUCCUAGCUUGAUGACACUAAUUAAUUGUUCCUGACCAAAAUCUUCACUACCAUUCACAGUUUUAUCCGUGUACCAAGAAACAGCCUGGGAGUACUGUUGCUCCAAUACACUACCUGAAUUUCCACAACCCUUUUAUAAAUACUCUACUUGUUCUGUAAAUGUUGCUACGAUACAUCAGUCUGUGCACUUUUUGCGCUAUCUUUCUAGAGAUAGUAUACUAAAAACUGCAUGGACUGAUGUGCAAUAAUAACUAUUGUGGAACAUGCCUCUAUUUUGCUGGAAGGUUUAAAAUAAUAAAUUGUCAUUCUCAUGGUUGGGUACGUGUUUAUCUCGCCCAUACUGGUGUUCCUUUUUAUAAAACUUACCUCCCCCUCCUUUUGUAGAGCUGUACCAUUCUCCUCUAUUUAAAAUUAUACUGAUUUGUGUGGGCCUUUAUGGAGGGCACGUAUUCACCUCAAUAUGUACAGUUAACUAUAUAUUUUCUCAAUUAGAACAGGAACAAAUUGCUGCUGCCGCUCCUAAAGGAAAUGUUUUGCUUUCCUUUCCUACUCCCUCAUGGAUGUAAAAAGUCCCGGUGCAUCAUUGCUCCAAACCUUUUGAAGUUGUCACAAAUUCAAACUGUGCAGGUACAGGAGAGAUGGAAGUGAGUGGUUGCAGUUCAGACUGAUUUUGCAGGUACCCGGCAAAUAAACUCAACCCAGAAGUGUAGCAGUGAAAAUUUCCCAAAAGUUCUAUUACAACCUUAGAUGAACCACAAACUGGCCCAAUGUCAUAGACAAGUGUUUGGACCAGAUGGGAUGCACCUGACGAGUUGCCUCAGUUUGUCACUUUUUCAUCUACAAAUUUGGUUCAUAAAAUUCAUUUACAGUGGACUCAAUUUUAACUCCUGGGUGGGAACGUGGCAAAGCCAGCGGCUGGUCCGUCCAGGAUUGGUAGCAGGGGAGGCUUGGCAGAUUUUAAUGGCCAGGCCUCAUUAACAUGUCUUUUGUCAACUUCGCAUAAAAGGGCAGGAAACAGUUGCUUAGCUGUUUAAAAUCAGACGGUGGGGGCCACUGUCAGGCUUGGUACUCUAGGAAGAUAAAUCCCCAAUCUUGGAAGAGCCAAGGUUUCCACUCGGAAGGAGGUAGUUAAACUCAAUCCCUGUGUUUCGCUGUUCUGAUUGUUGCUUGUUUUUUAGUGCAGUUAUCUGCAUGCUUUGACAGAUUUCUUAAUUAUUGGUUUGCUAUAAUUUUGACCUUUGAUUUGGUUAGAUGGGCCAUUUUCAGUGUGCAUACCCAGUGUCCUGUAUAUUUUCAAUAGGUCAAAGCAGGUUUCUUUUAAAUGUAGUAGGCUUAGUGGCCUAAUUAGCUUGCUUGAACUGUAAAAGAUUGUUGGACCUUGUAUUGUGAAUGGCGGGGGCGGGGGGAGACAGGCUUUUUACGCCGGAAUAAAACAUAAGGGACCCUUUCAGCUAUGCGAGCCUUUGCACACAACAGACAGCCUGACUGCAUGCCAUGAUUUAGGUUAUUGGUGAUAGUAGUACAGUGACGUGCACACUCUUGAAGGGAAAAGGCAAAUCUCUGGGUAUAAUUACAGUUGGCUUGAAUAAAAUACACGUUUAGUUUGCAGCACUUACCUGAUGCACAUCUUUGUCAGCUUUUUAGAUUAAGUUUUUGGAUUGUAAUGACAAUUUUUAGUCUGGCUUGCUUCCCACUCAAUCCCAGUAGGCAAGGAUAUCCUGUUUGUUCACUACACGCUAAGUUACACUACUGUACAUUCACAAAACCUUCUAAAAUGGUAGUGAAGGCUAACCAAAUACUAAACAAAGCUUUACAGCAUUAGCCAAAAGCUAUCCAGUAAAUGGUUCCUAGUCUGUCAUAACAUUACCUAUCAAAGCACUCACCAAAGGUUUUGUGGCAUCAUCGUGCAGAUUUGUUCCGACUUCAGUAUAUUUCUAUGGCCGCGUGGUUUCUGUGAAGGAAACCAGGUUGACACUCAAUCCCCCAAUUUCACAGUGCUGAUGAAGCCUGAGAUAGUGCUAGAAAGUGUCCAACCUUUAUUUUUGUUUUGUGGGGGAAACAAUUGAUAUUACAGAAGACUCCAUUGCCUACAGCAGGUGUUGUAGCCAUGGUGGAGCCCAGCUUGAGUUUUUGAGUUAUCAGUCUGAUAUAGGUGAUCAAAUGUGCACGAGUAUGUGUAGUUUCUUUUCAGUAUUAAGGUUUUCUUUUUACAGUUUAAAAGCUAAAACAUUCCCAUUGAUGUAAUAAGCUUAAAUAAUAGAUGCGAAAUAAAACUUUGAUUUUUUUUGUUAUGGAACAAAGUAGGUUUCACUUUUCUUCAUUUGAUCUCUCUUUAACCAUUUUACUUGCCAUGGUACUUUACAUGUCACUAGUGUGUUUGGCCCAAUACUGAGGCAACUCCUUUCCACCAGUUUCAGGGCCUAAAGUUGUAUCUUCUUAUUUAUUUAUUUCACCACUAGUGAAUAUUUUAUACACAACGCAUUAACAUUUCCUGUUAUUUGUAGCACAGUUGUUUUUCAUUAAUGCUUAAAGUUUGGCGAACAAUAAUUCUAGGAAAAAACUUUCCUCCAUCUCAUUGACGAGGCUUUUAGUUACUUCAUGAGGAAUUUGAUUUACAUAAAGGAGCUGUGUACCCUUCGAAAAAUAAAACAUUUGUGGUGUCAGUGGGUGCAUGUUUGAACCAAAUUGUUUAGUGGUGGAGGGUUUCUGAAGGAAUGGGACUACUUUGGUGCCAGUAAUUGGCCACUGCUGUCUGGUUAAGAGUCAUGACACUAAAACCAAUAGAUGUGACCCAAUAAUCAUCCAUAUGCCUGACAUGUUAGGCUGGAUUCUGGUGCCCGUGGUAUACUGACAAGCUCAUCUUUAACACCUGAAGACCUAUGUCUUGACAGUUUCAUAACUUUUUUCUGCUGUCAGCGAUAGCUUGAUGUGGCCCUUGACAUGUGAGCUGUUCGGAUUAAGAUUUAAGCUGCACGUUUUGGAAAUUUGAAAACAAAAAAACUGGAAGUGAACAACAGGCCAGUCAGCAACAAGGGAAAAGUAGGUUUGUGCUUCAGGUGGGAUAUUUCAUUAGAGAAUAUCUUUUUUCCGGUAACUGUCCUGCUGUAUAUUUCUAGUAUUUUUUUGAAUGAGUAACACUAACGUGUGACUGCUGAUAAUAUUGAACUGUCCACGAACACCUCACUUCUAAAUUCACAGGAAGAUUCAAUGAAGGACAGAUUUCCAUUUUAUUCUAUGCUUGUCUGGUCUUAGAGUCCUUGAGUUUGUAAAGUUAGUCAUCAUCAAAGUGACACAUGAGAACGGAAAGUUUGCCCACAUUGUCUUGAAAAUAAUAUUAGAUUUAUGUAGCAUCAUCUAUCGUAUCUUGCAGAAAUGUCUAUAAAACGCUUUAUGUAUUACAGGGUUCACUUGUUGAAGUCAGUUAGUGUGGUCUAAACAGUUAAGUUUGUUAAAAAUGGACACAGGACAGCCCUGGCCUGAUUCUGUGGUGAAAGGGAAUCUGUACCAGUGACUUGUUAGUUAAAGUUCUGCUAUGUGCAGUGAUUAUUCUUGACUAUGCUCAUGGAAAAUGAAGCCAUCUCAAUUUGAGGAAAAAAAGCCCUCAGCAUCUUAGUAGUUUAAACCAAUUUGAUUCAACGGCUUCCUACUUACAGGUAGCACAGACAGUCAUGUGGCAAUAGCUGGCCUGUUGGUCUCAGAAUACAGACUGGCAAAAUGCUUCUUUUCUGCUAUUAAAGCUUUUUAUGGAGUUACAUAUUUGAAUUCUUAUACCUAAUCCCUACUGGCAGUAACACACUCCAUCAGGUUAGAUGAAACCCCAUAGCUGCAGACAAUCUCUGAUUAAUCUUCGAAGUCUACGUUUUUUGCUACAAACUCAGCAUCACUGGUGUAAUCCUUUUCCUUUUAAGGCUAAUUGUCUACAAUUUGCAUUUGGGAAUCUUGUCAGUUUCAUUUAGUAAAGAUGAUAUCACAGGAAUAGGUGGGGUAGAAGGGUGAAGGGAGGUUUUGAAGAUUAAACUUUUAAAAGAGGAAGAUAUAACAUUUAAUUUUGUGUAUUGCCUGAUGCAUUCUCUAGGCGAUACUGUACUUCAGUGAUGUUGUACAGUAUUCCAAUGUAACUUGGAUGGCAUGCAUUUUUAUCAAGGAAUUCCUUCCCACUUCCUACUACAUUACUUUUUUAAAAAAUAUAUGCUUGGUAGUUAAGCUUGUCCUGGAGUGCAUGUGUUUUGUGUUGGUAAAGUGUAAAUGAUUGUGCACAUUAACAUGCAGUCACUUUACAUUCUUCAUUUGGCUGUAGACAUUCCAUCUGUAGUUUUAAGUUCAUAUUGUUACGGUGUUAUCAACUGUUUGCAGCUUUUAUAUUUUUCAUUAGUCAAGAAGCAAAUAAAGAUACUGGUAUUUUGUCAUAGUCCAUACGUAUAUGUAAUUCAAAUGCAGAAUGUCUUGUUCAUGAAAUAAAGACUAUUUAAUAGGAA